AUGGCGACGAAUGUGACGGUGGAGAUCGAGGCGGAGGAAAUGGAUGAGGGUCUGAGUUUGAUGGAGGAUUUGAAGUCGGGAGGUUUGAAUAUCAGUAGGCACACGAAAAUGCCAGGAAGGGUCAAAAUAGUUGGUUUCAUCAAGAAAAGGUUUGAGAGCAUGCUAAUAGAAGGUCUCAACCACAGGCCAUUAAAAGAGCUGGCAGAUGAGGCAAUCAAGUUGAGGUUUAAUUGUGUACGACUCACGUAUGCAACUCAAAUGUUCACUCGUUAUGCAAAUAGGACAGUUGAGGAGAAUUUUGACCUUCUCGAUUUAGAGCAAGCAAAAGCCGGAUUGGCUCAAUAUAAUCCUUUUGUGUUGAACAAGACUAUUGCUGAAGCCUAUGAAGCUGUUGUUGAUGUGCUUGGAGAGAGUGGUUUAAUGGUGAUUGCCGACAACCAUAUGAGUCAGCCAAGAUGGUGUUGCUCCCUUGACGAUGGCAAUGGAUUUUUUGGAGACCGCUAUUUUGACCCUCAAGAAUGGCUACAAGGUCUUAGCUUAGUUGCUCAACGCUUUUCCAAGAAACCAACGGUGGUUGGAAUGAGCCUACGAAACGAGAUACGAGGAACCAAUGAAAAUGCAAAUGAUUGGAAAAAUUAUGUUACUCAAGGAGUAACAACAAUCCACAACAUUAACCCAAAUGUUUUAGUGAUUGUUUCGGGCCUAAAUUUUGAUAAUGAUCUUUGAUGCUUAAAAGAGAAGCCCUUGAAUGCAAGCGCCUUAGACAACAAGUUGGUUUUUGAGGUGCACUUGUAUUCGUUCAGUGGAGAUGCAGAGAGUAAAUUUAUAAACCAGCCACUAAAUAAUAUUUGUGCAGAUAUUAUCAAUGGCUUUGUAGACCAUGCUGAAUUUGUUAGAGAAGGACCAAACCCAUUUCCUUUGUUUGUCAGCGAAUAUGGGUACGAUCAGAGAGAGGUUAACGAUGCAGAAAAUCGGUUCAUGAGUUGCUUCACAGCUCAUCUUGCACAAGAAGAUUUAGAUUGGGCAUUAUGGACUUGGCAAGGUAGCUAUUAUUAUAG